AUGUGGCACAGUAGACCACCACAAAAUAAACAAUGGAGAGACCAAAGUUCUGACUCAAUUCUGGAUGAGGAGAUGUUAAAUGAUUUUUACAGGUGGGCAAAAAGGGGAGAGCAAGCUAAUAAUGAAGAGAGUAACAAAUGUUUUAGUUCAGAAUUGGGGGGGUUGUUCACACAAGAAGGUAAUAGUGAAUCAGCUGAUGAUAAACCUAAGCAACAGGAAAAAGAAUCAACCAUAGAAAGUGAAAAACAGAGAGAAAUAGAUGAAACUGGCAGUAAAGUAUACCAUAGUAGUGAUGAUGUUAGUAUUUUUGAUGUGAAAAGUAUGGUAAGCAAACCAGUAAGUGAGUACAAUGUUUUUAUUGAAAUAAAUAAUGAAGUGUUGGAACUUGAUGAUAGUUGUGGUGACGAAGUACAGGAAUAUGAUAAGAAUAAUGAAGUGACAGCUGAAAAUCAAUUGCUACAUGCCUUUCCUGAUGAGCUCAUGGUUAAUCAAAGUGGUGAUAACAAAAGUGAAAAUAUUGUGAAAGAAUUAGAUUUGCGUGAUAUUAUUGAAAAUAAAGGAAGCCAAUUCUUAGAAAUCCUGUGGAACCAGUAUAAUGAGAACGACGGCCCCCCCGUGUUGCUGUGCGACGGCGCGCUCGUCACCAGGCGCUACGUGCUGACCGUGGCGCAGUGCGUCAUCCACAAGAACCUCAACCGCUACAAGCUGGUGAGUGUACGGCUGGGCGAGUGGGACCAGCGCACAGACGUGGACUGCGACGGCGACUUCUGCGUGCCUCCGGCACAGGACUUCGGAAUCGAGCAGUCCAUUCCGCACCCGGAGUACACCCCUAAGCUCUCCAACGACAUCGCGCUGCUCAGACUUGACCGCGACGCUCCCUAUUCGCCUUUUAUCACACCAAUCUGUUUGCCGGUGGCUCCUGAGAUGAGGCACGCGACAUUCGUUGGGAAGAAUCUUGUUGUGUCUGGAUGGGGUGACACCAGAGAAGUGAAGCUGUAUAUACAACAGCCGGUGGUGGACGAGCAGACUUGCCAGCAGAGGUACUCGCGCUGGAACCAGCACAUCAUGCCAUCUCACAUAUGCGCCGGCAGCAAGGAAGGCAACAACUCCUGCUACGGCAGAAGUGGCAGCCCACUCAUGGCCUUCGAGGGCCAACCGCCCAGGGGUUUCCUCAUCGGCGUUGUCUCGUUUGGCCCCACAGCGUGCAUCAAAGUGGACGCUCCCACUGUCUACACCCGUGUCUCGUCCUUCCUCACCUGGAUACUUGACAACAUUAGACCUUAA